AUGGAGAAGAUGGUCAAGCUCGCAGAGACUUACAAUAAGACUCUUGCGAGCUUGAAUAGUGACAUUGAUAUCAUGAAUGCCACGCUUCGUAGCAUCGAGGCCAGAUUGAACCAUGCAUGGCCGAUGACAGCGGGUAUCGGUGGCGCAGAUUUAUUCCAGCACCAACAACCCCCACAGCAGCCGCCGCAUCAUUCGGUCGAAUGCUGGCAACAGUUGAACGCAGGUCACAGUCCCUCCAGCUCAUCAUCGUCAUUUCGCAGGGAGUCGCAGUGA